CUUUCGUUUCAGAAAGUAUUCGCAAUGGAGCCGAAUGAAGUCAACAACAAGAAAGACAGAUGGUACGACAAGAGCCAGACAAGGUAUAAGUGGCGCUAUUUCAAAUGUCUCAUUCUCAUCUUUUUGGCCGUUAACGUCGAAGUCGCCAAUGCCCAAUAUCUCGAAAAACCAUACCAACAACAACAACCCAUUGCACUCCAGCCAUCCUUGAAAUGUGAUUGUCCCACUUUCGGAGUCAUCGACGGUUUUGCGCUUUCGACAAAUUUGGUUCUGCUGCUUCUAUAUUUUUUUUCCAGUAUAGACUGAUGAAGCAGAAUCAGGAAAUCGACAACAACCUCCGCCAGAAUCCGGCGCAGAUUCCUAACGCAUUCUACCGCCAGGAUAUCCCUGCUCUGAUGGCACGUCCAGCUAAUCCGUUCUUGACUUGAAGCACCUGAACGAAGGCAAGAUAUCUCCACUACAUCUCUACAUUUUGCCACACUCUUAUUUUUUGCUAAUUGUUUUCUCAUUUUCACCAUUUUGAAACUUUCAAAAAGCACAUUUUUUUUCGCCACCCUUUCUGAAUCGAAAUUGCUAAAUCCUUCGAAAAAUUUGAAUUUUGAGAUUUUUUUUUGUUCACAUACUGAUCUCUUUAAUACGAUCUGCAACACUAGCUGCCCAAAUUUUUCCACUGACCACUUUUUGAAGGUGACGGUCAUUUGCAGAUGCGCCACCAUUGACUGUACAUUUCUGUCACUAAAUUUCUUUUCAAAGAUGAAUCGAAUUUUUGAACUUUGAGAAUUUUUUGCUAUGGA